ACAAAACUUAUCUGAUCAAAUCAUUGUUUACUAGUAACCUGAAUUGUAAGCCUCCUGAUGAAUUAUCGGAAGCUGGUGAAUGUAAAAGGUGUGGCUGAUCGGGGUCCUUAUUUUCUAUAAAAGAUCCAAGGUAUCCUUGACUUUUUCUUCAUCUCGUCGAUUCCAAAAGAUCCUUUAUUCACUUUUGGGAUACUUAAUUUUUUGAAUUUUAAAUUUCUCUUUCAAAUUAAAGCUUUCUUUCCAGAUUCAACAAAAAUGCGUACAUUUUUGGUUAGUCUUCUCUUAAUUCCCCUGUUGGGAAUCUCUUCUGCCUAUCCUUACGGCAAUGCAGCUGAAAGAAACGCUACCAAUUUUAGUUCUGCUUACCAAGGAGCUAAUACUACAUCGGCUUUAACUAUCACGAAUAGCACGAAUAGCGCUCAAAUUGAAGGAAAGCCUGCUAACGCUACCUUCAAAAGAGAUUGCUGGAGAAGCUCACAAGGAACCUGUCUAGCAUAAAAAUGCAAUCACCCCCAGUACACUGUCGGCCAGUUUAUAAUAAAACAUAUGAUUAUAAGCAUAGAUUCUUCAAGGUCAGUCCAAAAAGACCACUUCUCUAAUAUCUUUUCUUUCUUUUUAUGGUGAUUAUUUUUAUUCGAGUUUUGCUGUUGCGCUUCCUUUCGCUUUGGGAAUGGAAACUUGGAUGUUUCGUUUUAUGGCAGUCUACUAUCUUUUUACGUCUAAAUUAAUAUUUGAUAACUUUAUUUUUUCUUUUAAUUGAAAUUUCUGAAAGAUACUUUUUGAAUAUUAAAUCUUAUAUGAAGUUAAUUGACUGAAGAAAUUCUGAGUAUUAACGUGUAGAUAAUCCACUAAAUAACACAGAAUAGCG